GUGUUUGGGGUCUGUGUGUCUGGCACUGUGAUUGUGCGCUUGAAAAUGAAUGUGUGAGGUUUUGUGUAUAUGCAUGUGGAUGCAUGCUUGUGUGGAGCAGGGGAGUGUGUCUUUUUUGCAGUUUCUGUGAGCCUGUCACUGCCUUCUUUUUAGAUUACUAAGAAGCUUUGCAAUAGAGGAGCUGCAAAACUACAGACUCUUCACCCUGAGGUGCUGAUCAUGUCGUCCAAACUGAGUGUGCUGCUGCUGCUGUUACUGGCCGUUGCCACAGUAACGGUGCUGGCUCAGAAGCGGCGCCCGACGUCUGCAUCCACAGAUGAGUGGAACUACAAGGAUGGCUCUGAGAGGGUGAGCAUGCGUGGUGUUGCCAACCUGACUCAGGUUCUGGACAACUGGAGGUUUGACAUCCUGAACCAGAUGAGAGGACUCCUGCAGAAUGAUCACCAGUCUCUGCUGCCUGACUAUGCCAGAAUCCAGCCGCUGUCUGAGGCUUUAGACGACCUCUACAAAGAGUUUAAUGCCCUCAAGUCUCACCUGGGUGACCUGACUGAGAAGUUUACCGCCAUUGAGUCCUUCAUAGACGAGAUGAAAGCUGGCCGUGCUGGUGGAGCCAACGUGAAUCAGGCUGCUGGCACGGCUCCGGCUGGGGCUCCGGCUGAAGCUCAACCUUCUCAACCAAGACAGGGAGUGAGGAGGCUGGUGAGGAAGAAGCCCUCCUCCACACCCAGCCAGUGAUGUGAUUCUGUAAAUCACAGUUGAUCUUUUACAGCUGAUCUAAUUCUAUGUUCUAUCUGCCAAUGCUGCAGGCUUCACUAUUAUCAAUUUACUUAGCAUUACACUUUUAAAGAUCCACAUUAUGAAUAUUUUAGACUACUUUCAGCCUAAACAUCAGGUCAGUCUACCACCAGACACUGAUCCAACCCACACUCACUCCAAUUUUUACUUUCCCAAUUUCUUAAACUAAAUGUUUUCUCUACAGUGAUCAGUAAGUCAUGGUAAAAACUGAACACGAUUGGCUGUUUUAUAAGUACAUGAAAAGUAAAAGAAAGGAGAUGAUUGCUAAUGUGUUUUUCCCAUUCAGGAAUAUGCUCUCUUCGCCUUGCUUAUAAUACUGGGUUGAGUUCAUGUUUUUUUGCCUAAUUAUAUAAUAUCCAAAUAAAUGUACUGUGGGCAUUUA